AUUUGGAAUACCGCUUUUGGCUUUUUCCAACAGGAAAUAAAUCAAUUCAAACUUCUUGGUGUCCUCAUCUGCAAAAGAGCAAAAAAUAAUACAAUGGAACCAGACUUUUUCACUGCUUUUGCACAGCCCGGUGCGCUUCAUCAUUCACCACUUAAGAAUGACGUUUUUCAAGGAGAAAAGAGGAAAUUCAUAAAUCCUACGUCCUACAAUAACCCCAAAUUGGAAGAACUACAAAUGCUCUUGAUAGAUUGGAUUAACACAACCCUGAAACAGGAACACAUAGUAGUAAAAAGCCUGGAAGAAGACCUGUUUGAUGGGCUGAUACUUCAUCAUCUCUUGGAAAAACUAGGAUCUCUCAGGCUGGAUGUUGAGAAGAUUGCACUGACGGAAAAAAAACAGAAACGUAAACUUGCCGUUAUUCUGGAAGCUGUGGCCCAGUGUUUACAACUAGAAGAGAGCCAGCUGAAAUGGAAUAUUGAUUCCAUCUUCCAGAAGGACUUACUGAGCACAUUAUAUCUUCUGAUUGCAAUAGCAAAGCACUUCCAACCUGAUCUGCCUAUCCCUUCAAAUAUUAGUGUGGAAGUAAUAAUCAUUGAGCGUACCUUAACAGGAUUAAGGACAGAAAAUGCAGUGGAAUAUAUCACAGAGAACAGAGAGAAUUUAGAAGGCCAGUCAAAAGCUGACGCCUUUGAUGAAUUAUUCACACAUGCACCGGACAAACUGGAUGCUGUGAAAAAGGUGCUUUUGCAAUUUGUCAACAAGCAUGUUGGAAAAUUAGGAUUAAAUGUGAAUGAUGCUGACUCUCAGUUUGCAGAUGGAGUUAUCUUGCUUUUGUUAAUUGGACAACUUGGGGGGUAUUUCCUGAAUUUAAGGGAGUUCUUCCUGAACCCAAAUUGUGCUACGGAAAUGCUUCACAAUGUUAACCUUGCAGUGGCUUUGCUGACAGAUGGAGGUCUUCUAGAUUUUCCUGUCAAUGCUGAAGAUAUCGUGAACAGAGAUAUGAAGACUACAUUGCAGGUUUUGUACUGCUUGUAUUCCAAAUACAAGACCAAAGAAACAUGA